AUGGUUUUCAUCACUAUAUCCGACGAUAGCAAAAUCAUAACCAGCCUUGAUGUGCAUGAAGACACGGAAAUUUUCACAAUAAUGAACAUCAUUGAAAAUGACUUCAGCUUAAAUAUGAACGAAAACGAACUGAUACAUAACGGGAACCCAGUAAACAAAUUUGACACGAUAAAGAAGCUGAAUAUAAAUGAAGGAGACCUACUGUUCGUUAGAAAGAAGUUGAAUCUUGAUCUGAUGAACGAAGAAUUUAGAAAUGCGCAGAUGGGAUCGACAUCAGGAAUAGACUCUUCUAGAGGAAUAGAAAACACAUCAAAUAAUGGUACGAUUUCAACAAGUGGUGGUAACAAUGCAAACAGUUUUAACAACUUAGGAAACACAGGAAGAAUGAACGAUGCUGCACUUAAUACUCUAAUGGAACAUAUUCGAACCUUUCAAGAAAAUGAGUACAUAAAAAAAGAAACUGAAAUUUUAAUGAAUCUAAAAAAUGAUAGAUCUAGAAUGGGAGUAUUACAAUUACAAGACAAGAAACUGUAUGACGCUAUAAAUAGUCAAAAUGUAGAAGAAGUUAAAAAAAUAGUUAAAGAAAAAUUAGAAAUUGAUAAAAAAGAAAAAGAGAGAGAGCAAAAGAUGUAUGAGAAUGCAUUAAAGGAUCCAUUAUCAGAAGAUGCACAAAAAUUUAUUUAUGAAAAUAUAUAUAAAAAUCAAAUAAACUCUAAUUUGGCAUUAGCACAAGAACAUUUUCCCGAAGCAUUUGGUGUUGUUUAUAUGUUAUAUAUACCGGUAGAAAUAAAUAAAAACGUUGUUCAUGCAUUUAUAGAUUCAGGUGCUCAGACAAGUAUUAUGUCAAAACAGUGCGCGGAAAAAUGUAACAUACUCAGGUUAAUGGACAAAAGAUUUACAGGAAUAGCUAAAGGAGUUGGUACUAAAUCCAUUUUAGGGAAAAUUCAUAUGGUUGAUAUUAAAAUUGGAAACUGUUUUUAUGCUGUUUCUUUAACAAUUAUUGAUGAGUAUGACAUUGAUUUUAUAUUCGGAUUGGAUUUGUUAAGGAGACACCAGUGCCUUAUUGACUUGAAAAAAAAUGCUCUCGUUAUUGAAAGUAAUGAGAUCCCAUUCUUACCAGAAAAGGACAUCAUUGCCAAUUCGUCUCGAAGUUUCGAUUUUGACGCUACCAAAGAAUCCGAUGGAAAUUCCUGA